AUGACGAAAAGUUAUCYGAAGGAACUACGCUGGAGGGUUGUUUUUAUGCUUCGAGAAGGUAGAACAACGUCCGAAAUUGCACAGACGCUGCAUGUUGGUAAAACGUUUGUCAAAAAGAUCAAACGCUUAUUCGAUACAACUAAUUGUGUUGAUGACCGACCAAGGUCAGGCAAGUUGAGAAGCUUKAGAGGUCUACGAAGACGAAAUUCAAGAUUGCUAUUGCUUGCUAUUCAUAGGUGCAUAAAAAAAAUGGGCUGGACGAGAAAAAAGCUUAGUCUUAUUGCAUACCAGAGAAAUGAAAGAUUACGUGCUGAGUUCCAUAGGAGAAUAUYACAGUUUGAACCACACCAAUUACUUUUUAUAGAUGAAUCGUCAAAAGAUGAAAGGACAUUCCAGAGGCGCUAUGCUCGUGGUCUGAAAGGUAGAAGAAUUUCUGUGAAAGGACAUUUCACCAGAGGAACAAGAUAUAGUGUUAUUAGUGCCCUCAGUAUCCAAGGUGUUGUAGGAUCCCAUACUAUUUUGGGGGCUUUCAAUCAGGAGCAAUUUGAAUUUGCAGUUACAAACUUUAUAUUGCCAUUUGUUGGAUCAUGUGCUAGGAGGGAAUCCUGUUCUGUUGUUAUAUUGGAUAAUUGUACUAUCCACAACUCUAAUGAAGUAUUUCAAGCCAUUAGAAGAAGAGGUGGUAUUGUAAUGUUUUUGCCACCUUAUUCCCCUGAUAUGAAUCCAAUAUAAGAAGCAUUUGGUUCUUCAAAGGUUUGGCUACAAAGACACCCAGAUGUAUGUACUAAAUAUCCAAAGUGGUGCUUUGAAAUUUCAUUGGAGAAGAUAACUGAUGAACAAAGUGCAGGCUUUUUUAUGGACAGUGGUUACUUUUAA